AUGUCGUCAUGUUGCGUUUGUUAUCGUUCAUCAUCAUCAAUACGUUGUCUUAGGUGUCAAAAGUAUUUUUGUUUAGUAUGUUCAGGUGUUCAUCGUCAAAGUCAUCUUCUUGAUGCACUCGAUGAACGUUUAACAUCUCAAAUUGAUUGUUUACCAAUACAAUUUGAUGAGAAUUUCCAUGAAAAAUAUCGUCAAGCUUCUGAUCAUUUACAAAAAUGGAUCGCCGAUAUUCGUUGUCAAUUCGAAAACACAAUUCAUUAUCAACUUGAAAAAUUUCUCAAAACACAAUUUGAAUUGUUAAAAAUGAAAACUGAUGAAUAUGUACAAGAAUAUGUUCAAUAUUUAACAUAUCUUCGUUCAAAUGUACGCUACGCUAAACAACGACCAACUGAUUAUAAUUAUGAUCAUGACAUAUUACGUUUGAUUAGUAUUGAAAAAGAACUUCUCAGACGAUAUGAUGAGCAUUUACUUGAGUUUCGUUUAGAUACAAAUCCAAUUGACUUUACAAAAUAUAUAAAUAUUGAAAAAAAAUUUCAUGAAUCACCUAUUCCAUUAUCAAUAGAUUUAAACUAUCGACUUUACCAACCAAUGAAAACUCUUAAUCUUCAAUCAUCUAUUCAACAUAUUGCCAGUUCAUGUCUUGAUCUAUUCGUUUAUGUAUUGGAACCAUCACCUAUUUAUCCAUGUCUACUUGAAUUUUCAACUGCUUCAAUGUCAUCGAAAAUUUCUCUCGUACAAUCAAUCGAAUUUCCAAUGGAUACUAGAAUCAUUGAUAUGCGUUGGUCAAUAAAAUUCAAUUGUCUCUUUUUACUGACAUCUCUGUCUUUACAUAAAUAUGAAAAAUAUGAGAAAAAAAUUCAAGCAAAUAUUAUUAAAUUAUCUAAUCAAACAAUUAAAUGGCAUCGUUUAACAACAAAUCGUUUUGGAAUUUAUAUUCUUAACGAAAAUAAUUCUAUAGAAUUUUAUAAUUCAAACUUUUUACAAGAAGCUAUUGUUGAUUUGAAAGAUCUUGUCGAUAAUAUUUGUCUUGUUUAUGAUCUUCAAGGUCAAGCUGAUUGUUUAUGCACAUUAACAUAUACAAAAGAAAGUAUUGUGCAAAUUGAUUUAUUCUCUAGUCGACGACUAGAACUAAAACGAACGUUGAAACUUUCUGAAACACUACAACCACCAUUGAAAUUAAUAAAUGCUAAUCGAAGAAAUACAUGGAUUAUAAUUGAUUGUGAAAAUCAUCGUUUAAUCAUAUUUGAUGAUCAAAUGAAAAAUAUUAAACACAUUUCUUUAACAUUAACACCAAAUUGUGUAGCAGUUCUUGAUGAUAAAACAUUAGUUGUAGCUAGUCCAGAUAUUCCAGGUGCAAAACUUUCAUUUUAUUCUCCUCAUACUAUUUUACAAAAUUAA